CGCCGGUUAGUUUGGAAUGUUUUUGUUUUUAUCGUUCAACUCGUUGCGAAAGAAUUGUUUUGACACGCGUCGUGGCAAAUAUUUGUUUACAUUUGUAGUUUUACAUUUUCUUCCAAGACAAAUCAAUCAUGAAGGCCCUGAUCUUGGUCGGUGGAUAUGGCACAAGGCUGCGACCACUGACUCUUAGUUGCCCCAAGCCACUUGUUGAGUUUGCCAAUAAACCUAUGCUGCUGCAUCAGCUUGAAGCCCUAGUUGAGGCUGGUGUCAACCAUGUUAUUCUUGCUGUGAGUUACAGAGCGGAACAGAUGGAAAAAGAAAUGAAGUCUGUGGAAGAAAAGCUUGGUGUUACUAUCACAAUCUCACUGGAAACAGAACCUCUCGGAACUGCCGGUCCUCUUGCCCUUGCCAGACAGCACCUUACCAACGACCUUGACCCAUUCUUCGUGCUAAACAGCGACAUCAUCUGUGAUUUUCCCUUCAAAGAUAUGAUCAAGUUCCAUAAACAUCAUGGGAAACAGGGCACUAUAAUGGUAACAAAAGUAGAAGAGCCGUCAAAGUAUGGUGUUGUAGUGUACGAUGCUGAGACAGGAAGAAUUAACCAGUUCGUAGAGAAACCUCAGGAAUAUGUGUCCAACAAAAUUAACGCUGGAAUGUACAUGUUCUCACCUGCUAUGCUUGACAGAAUUGAGUUAAAACCAACAUCAAUAGAAAAAGAGGUUUUUCCUGACAUGGCCAAAGACGGGCAAUUGUAUACAAUGGAAUUGCAAGGUUUCUGGAUGGAUGUAGGACAGCCGAAAGAUUUCCUCACAGGGAUGUGUAUGUAUUUAACAUCACUAAAGAAGAAAAAUUCCAACCUGCUUUACAAAGGGGAUGGUGUCAAUGGAAAUGCACUAGUCGACCCUACUGCUAAGAUCGGGAAGAAUUGCAGAAUAGGUCCCAAUGUGACAAUAGGACCUAAUGUUGUUAUAGAGGAUGGAGUAUGCAUUAAGAGAUGUACGGUAUUAAAUGGUGCUCUCAUUAAGUCACAUUCCUGGCUCGACUCUUGUAUCAUUGGCUGGAAAUGUGUCGUAGGAAGAUGGGUUCGAAUGGAGAAUGUAUCGGUACUGGGGGAAGAUGUAACAGUGAAAGAUGAACUCUAUGUAAAUGGUGGAAGAAUUUUGCCUCACAAGUCUAUAGCUGACUCUGUAAAAGAUCCACAAAUCAUCAUGUGAAAACAUGUGAACACUGUUGACAGCGCAUUUAUACCUUACAGAAUGUCAUUUUCGAAAUGCCAAUUAUUUGUCACUUGGGCAAGAGAGUUUUUUUAUAUUUAGUUUCCUCUAACUGUCAGUACAAUUACUAUUCAUCUUUUAAAGAAAGGGACACUAAUUUGACAAAUUCAAAUUACAAAAUAAUGGUUGUUUCACAUUGAUGUUGAGAAAAAAAAUAAAAAAAAUUAUGAUCAAAUCCAUGUAACAAAAAAAUAUAAAAAUUCUCACCUUGUUAUAUACAUGCUACUUUUAUAUGAUUUUUUUUCGGCUGAAAUCUUCUUUUUUUCCAAAUAGACUAGGGAAUUAUCUUUUGUGAUGGCCUGUUUGAUUAACGUCAAACAUAGGGAAAGUAGUGCCUAAAAAGUCCACAUAAUAUUUCUUUUAAAAUAAAAUUCUCGUCUGCCCAAAUUAAGCUAAAGUUUGAAUGAGGAUCUAAAACUAUUUUUCCAUGGCCUUUUGGUGUAUCGACUGAUUCAAAUAAAAAAGGUUAAGAUUUGCACGUUAGAUUGCUUAUUUGGGGAUUAUAUUAUAUACCUAUUUGUAUAUUUGCAACGAGCAGUAAGCAAAUGGCAUUUUGAAAAUGGCAAGUUGUAUAUUUCUACUGGCUUUUCUGAAGUCAAACCCUGUUCCGAAAUAAAAUGUAUGAAUAGUGUUCAUUUGGGAUGAAAUCUUUCCAUGGUUUCUUUUUUUUCCAUUUUUAAUUGCAUAGACAUUGAAUUGAAAGUUCUGAAUUUAAAUGUGUUCAAUUGAAAAUAUGUUUGGGCAUACUGCUUAUUAUUAAAUGAAGUUAUCAUGUUGUGGGAAUACUUUUUAAAUGAAAAUAUUAAAGACCUACCUUCACACAUUUUUUUUUCAUGAUUUUUAACUUGGCUGUUUUUGGGAAACGGUUGAGGUCAUUUUGCAUAGCAUUGUAGUUGUAAUCAUCAUUUUUAAGCAUGACCAUAAAAACCUGUUCACGAUAUUAAAUUGAACCAAAUGUUGGCAGAUACAAUACGGACAUGUUUAGCAAGGCACAUAACUCUGGCUUUUAUUUUGUUGAGUUACGCCCCUUUUAUGACUGAAAACAGCACUCUUGUUAUUGCUUGAAGUUGUUGUUUUUUGCUACUUACCAAUUUAGUUUUGUUUGUUCAUAGAUGCAUGUAUAAAUUAGGGUUAAAAAGUUGAUGGGGUCAUCUUAUCAAAGUGUGUACAACAAAUUAUCAUGAGAUCAUGAAUUUUGGUAUAAUAUGAUAUAAGUUAAAUUAAAUGUUUUGUUGGAAAAUCAAAGAAAUAUUGUUUAAUCUGACAAAUGCAGCAAUUACUUUGGAUAUAGGUAUUCUAAUUACACUGAAAUAUUGAUUUAACAAAUUGAUUGUAUAUACGAUCCUUGAUUAGAUGGGGCCAAUGUGUAUAAAUGAAGAUGAAUUAAUGUUAAGAGUUUUAUUGAUGAUUAUGUUAAAUAUUAUUAUCUGUAUUUUAAAUAUACUUUAAUGGUUCUUUUCAACUAGUCUUGGAUAGUUUGUGCUAUCUAUUGAUGCUCAAUAUCUAAGUGUUCAAAACUAUUAGACGUAAUUUUAAAUUGUUUGGUGUUUAUCAAGAAUAUUGCACAUGUUAGCCAUGAUCAACAAACAAAUUUAGAAUUAGAUCCAAAAAUUGUUUAACAUUAAAAAAGUAAAAUUUAAACUGUUUAUAAAUACUUCAAGAAAUUAUAUCAAAACAUUUAGCAGCUGUUGGAACAUUUUCAUGAAUUAAAAUUAUUUAUAAUGCAUAUGUUAAAAGCAUUGUUUGUACAGCCUUGCACAUGCUUGAAAAUUCGAAUAAACCAAAAAUAUAUUAUUUCUGAAUAAAUACUUUGUACUGUGGAGAGAAAGAUUGAAUUAUUGUUAAUGAAGUGUUAAUUUAUUUCAUAUUUAUUUGUUUUAGAUGUGUUUUGUUGUUGAUAAAAUAUUUUUUAGUUUGGACAUUUCGUGAAGACCCAUGUUUCUAGGUAAACAUUUUGUGUGGAAGAACCAUGUUUUAGGGAGAUACAUUGUUUUGUAUAUAUUUUAAAAUACCAUUUAUCAGAUUGUGUAAGGCUAUCCUAUUUUAUUUGUAAGUUUGCAAUGGUCUGACAGGCAUGUGAUUAAAAAUAUUUGCUGAAUUAAGCAGUCAUAAAAUAUUUGAGUCUGGACAUUGCCAAUGAAUAGCUUAGGCCACUGCAAAUAACCAUUUGAUUGCAGAUGGCCUAUUUUGGGAAAUUAUUCCUAUGAGAUAUCAUGACUGACAAUUGUUAGAAUAAGCUGGACUAGAAUAGAAUAUUACUUCAUAUUUCUAAUCAGUGGUUCAUUAACAUUGGCAGCUAUUUGUAUAUGUAAAAAAGUGUGUGUGAUAUUUUAACAGUUUAGGCCAUGAAAUUUGGAUAUGCAAUAUGGAUUUAAUAUUCUACAUAUUACAUUUAUCUAGAUUUUGUAAUUUUACACGUUAUUUAAAAAUCUCAUUUUUUUAAUUUUUGUUGACCGAUAUGUCUUAUUAAUUCAUUUUCUGGGAAUUCGCAUUACAGCUUAGGGUUAACUCUUAACCCAAUUUCUCAAUCUUUCUCAAACCUAAUCUUAAGCUUAAAAUCUCCUUGAAAUAUAAAGUGUAACAAAUUAAGGUAUUGAUUGUACAUAAGUCAAUAAACUAAUCUAAAUUGAUUAAACAAAACAAAGCAAAAACUUUAUUAUGUGUUUUUUUUUUAAUAUAACUUCCUUUAAAAGUUUCAAAACUCUUUGAAGGGAGAAUUUUCACAAUGUUUUCCAAACCCAUAUUUCAAUUCUUUAUAUAGCUUUACAAUCUUAUAUGGGACUUGAAGAUUGUUUUAAAUAAUAGGGUGAGAAGCUAAAUAGUAAUUACACCAAUAGACACUUGAAUGGUAAGCUGUUUUGAAUUAAUCAUGGCAAAACUUUGUUCACAUCUCCUCACAUUUAUGUAUGGUUCAAAUAUGUUUGUUUUUUAAUGAAGGUGGCACUCCAUGUUCACAAUUGACAGGAAAAAAAUAUAAUUCAUGAACAUUAUUUACAUCAACCAUUUAACCAUAAUGCCUUGAAAUUUUUUCUGUGUUGAAGUAUUUGGAACUGCAAAUUAUGAGUUAUAAUCACCAAAUAAACAAAAGUAACAAAUAAAAAAUUUAGUUCCAUUAUGAACAUGAAGUGCCACCUUAACCAUAGUUAAUCUGUAUACUGCUUUGUUAAGAGUAUUUUGAAACUGCAUAAUUCCAAGUUGUUAUAUAAAUUUAUUAUUAUAGUGUAGAAUCUUUAAAGGAAUUCAUAAGGGCUGGAAUGCUUAGACAACCAGGCUUAAUGAAAUUACCUUGUAGCUUUAGUAUGAUUUAUUCUGGUUUAAUUUAUUGAAGUUUUUGUAUUUAUUAUUUAGAAUUUAAUUAUUUUGUAUUUUAAACUGAGGAAUUGAUCCAUAUCAGGGGCCAAAAUCUAAGGGGAUUAUAUAAGGGUCAUAUCAAUAAGCAUAUGAUAAAAUAUGGUUUUUACUAUGAUCAAGAAUUUUGGGAAAAUACUUAAUUGGGUGUCACAAAUCAAAUUAAAGUUUUUACUAUUAAAAUCAAAUAAAUGUUGCCUAAACUAUCUAUUUGAGCUCAUAGUUUUGAAAUAAAUAUAAUAACUUUUCAGAAUUAUUUAUGAAAAAGUGAUCAUACACAUGUGUGCUGAUAAGAGAGACCCAGGGUCCUUUAUGCAAUUUUCAUACAGCUGCAGUGAACCACAUUGUUAUACCAUGUUAGUUAUACAGAAAUCCUCUUGUUUAUCUCAUACUAAUUGUCAUGUAAAAGUGUGAUUCUAACUUAUAUUUGUAUUUAACUUACAGUAUGGACUUACCUGAAUAAUGCUUGUUGUGUUCCAUGUUAUAUUAAAGUAUUUAUUAUUUUACAAUUUGGGAUAUAUCUGUAUCAAAGAAAUAAAAUCAUGAAACUUG